CUAGCGCUUUUACUAUUUCAAAAAUGGGCUACGAAAGAUGAUUUGGAAAACGACGAACGUUCUAGAACUUUUUAUUUUAUUUUUUAAUUUCCCAAUAUUUUUGGAACUCUGAAAACCCCAAAAACAUUUUUUUUUUGCAAGAAACUAUUUUUAAUGAUACUCCGGUGUUGGCUCGGAUCUUCCAACUCUGGAUUGAACUUUGGCAAUUAUCGAGGUCAUCUGAGAAUUAGUCUUCCUCCUGAUAACAAGAAUCAGAUGCGGUUGGUGAAGGUCAGAAGACAUAGCUUGAACAUCAGACUACAUUGCUGGAAAACACAACGAUAUUGCUGAAAAAUCAUUGGCAUAGCAGGGAAGAUCACUUGCUCAAAUGACAUAGAUGGAAGCCCAUAUUCGUACUUUCUAAUAUUAAAUCUGAUUUUCUCAAGCGUGACGUAUUAAAAGCUUUU